AUGCUUCUCAAUCAAUGCGCAGAAGAGACGAUGAUAGAAAAUUCCAUGGAAGGAUCUUCUUCCAUGGUGUUAUUUUCCUCCGAUGAGGAACCUUUCUCCGAGGAAGCUGUACAACACUAUUGCCUCUUUAAACGCCAGAUGAUCGAGAGCAAGGGAUUUUACGGGGAUCCAGCGCUUAAGCCAUUUGAUCAUUACAUAGGUAUAAAACCAAUGGGUUUACAGAGGUAUAAAACAGAGACCAUCUCUUCCCAAUAUGCGCUUACUGAUAAAGACUUUCGCGCAUACUGGGAAGACAUGGUCUAUGUUUGUCUCCAAAAACUCAACCAAGACAAGGAAUCGAAUGUGGAGUUGGUUGAAAUUGUGAGAGGUUAUUAUCGCGCAGGACCGAGAUCAAAGUCAUACAUUACAUUUAUGGCGAGGGAGAAACCGGAUGGACCUCUUGUGGAGUAUCAAGCCAAGUGUAUGAACAGAAGAAGCAUCGUAAGAAGAAGACGAUGUCGAUGUCGGAGAAGAGAUAUCGUGAAGAGAAGGGUCAACGACAAAGAAGAGAAGUGUAAAUGGGCUGCAGAUGGAUUAAGGGCCCAAAUGAAGAAUGUGUUUUGUGUGGUGGGCCUGCAAAAAACGAUGUUGAGAUUGAAGAAGGCAGAGAUGGCAGCUUUGAUGAACAGUACUAUUCAUCUUGAACUUUCCUCUGAUGAGCAGCCUUUAUCGGACGGGGAGGAGGCAUUAGAAAACUCUCACAUCGUUAAAUUCAAAAAUCAGGGUUACACAAAGCUCUCAAAGAGAUUACAAGAAGAAGCUCAAGAGAAGACAAAAUCUGCAAAGAACAUGAACUGUGUUUCCCAAGUGUCGGAUCGUAUGAUUUUGAAAACCGCUCUUCAAGGCCUCAGUAACAAGGACUGGUUUGUAUCAGUCGACCUCUUUCGUCUCCCCGAGUAUGGCAUCGAUGGCGUCAGGGAAGGUGGAGAGAGGGCAUCAGCUAUACAGAGACGGCAAGUACAAGGAGGCGCUUCUAUUCUAUACGGAGGCUCUUACUGCUGCUAA